UGUGACGCGACCGCAAACACCGGUCUCCAUUCUUUGACACCGCACGCCUGGUCUGUAUCCAAGACGGUGUUUUUCUCGUUUGAUAUCAACCACUUUUAAUUCCAUAUCGCCAUUUACCAUACAAAUAUUUCUUGAACACUACAUACCAACGACAUCAUGUGGGGUAGCGGUCUACCUGACGAUCCGCGUAUAGCUCGCCUCGAGAGUCAAGGAGGCCAAAAUGCCUGGCACAACCCUUCUGAGCCUCGUGCUGAACGACUGCACAAAGAUCACGACUCCCAAUCGUCCAGCUCAGACGAUGUAGACCGUAGCGGUACCUGGGGCGAACGAGAUGCAGGCAUUCCGAAUGAGGUCAUGGCUAUGGAGGACUACAGAGCAUUGAGAAGGGAGCUCACCAACCGAUCACGAACCAGCGCACACCAAUCCCUGGGUCGCAGACAAUCUUCGAGGAGACAAAGCACAACCACCGAUGCUGCCGAUGAGGAGUCCCAAAUUGGAAACACCGAAGCCCAACCUAAGGACGAGGACGACUUCGAGCUCAGCGAUUUCAUGAGAGAGGGCCAUCUUGGUCAACGCAAGGGCGACAAGUCUGCAAAGAAGGUUGGCGUGGUAUACAAGAACCUCACCGUCAAGGGUGUUGCAGCUGGCGCUACUUUCGUUCGUACCUUACCCGAUGCAAUCAUGGGCACCUUCGGACCGGACCUAUACCACAUCCUCUCGAGGUUCAUUCCCUUUCUUCGCAGUAAGAACGGCGAGUUGAAGACACUCAUUAACGACUUCUCGGGUGUCGUAAGAGAUGGAGAGAUGAUGCUGGUUCUUGGCCGACCCGGCUCUGGUUGUACGACAUUCCUCAAGACUAUUGCCAACGAUCGCGAGAGCUAUGCACAAGUCGACGGUGAUGUCUCAUACGGUGGCAUCCCUGCCGACAAGCAGAGAAAGAUGUACCGUGGUGAAGUCAAUUACAACAUGGAAGAUGAUGUUCAUUUCGCUACACUCAACGUAUGGCAAACGUUCAUGUUCGCCCUCCUGACGAAGACCAAGAAGAAGGCCAAGGGCGAUAUUCCUCUUAUCGCCGAUGCUUUGAUGAAAAUGUUCGGAAUCAGCCACACAAAGAUGACUCUCGUUGGUGACGAGUACACAAGAGGUGUUUCGGGUGGUGAAAGGAAAAGAGUCUCGAUCGCUGAAACUCUUGCAUCGAAGAGUACUGUUGUAUGCUGGGACAAUUCGACUCGUGGACUUGAUGCUUCGACAGCUCUGGAUUACGCCAAGUCCCUCCGUAUCAUGACAGACGUCAGCAACAGGACCACUCUCGUAACUCUCUACCAAGCAGGACAAGGCAUCUACGACCUCAUGGAUAAGGUCCUCGUUAUCGAUCAAGGACGUUGUAUCUUCACUGGACCAGCUGAAGCCGCUAAGCAGUACUUCAUCGAUUUAGGCUUCGAAUGUCCCGAGAGACAGACCACCGCCGACUUCCUGACUGCCAUUACAGAUCCCGUAGAGAGAAAGUUCAGACCAGGCUGUGAGGCUAGCACACCGAAGACACCUGUUGAGCUGGAACGCGCAUUCCGUGAAUCAUCCUUCUACACUCGCAAUCAGCAAGACAUCGAAGUUUAUGAGCAGCAUCUCCAGCAAACCAAUCACGAGGAUGCCAAAGAGUUUGAAGAGGCAGUACAAGCUGGAAAGUCGAAGACUGUCACCAAGAAGUCGCCAUACACCGUCAGCUUUAUUCGUCAAGUGCUUGCCUGCACACAGCGUGAGUUCUGGUUACUAUGGGGAGAUACAUCAACGCUCUGGACAAAAGUCUUCAUUAUCAUAUCGAACGGUCUUAUUGUCGGGUCUCUUUUCUACGGACAACCUCUCAACACCGAUGGUGCCUUCUCUCGUGGUGGUUCCCUUUUCUUCUCUAUCCUUUUCCUCGGCUGGCUUCAACUUACAGAACUGAUGAAGGCCGUCAGUGGACGUGCUGUCGUCGCUCGCCAAAAGGAGUAUGCUUUCUAUCGUCCUUCCGCUGUUAGCGUUGCCCGCGUCAUUGCCGACUUCCCUGUCAUCCUGGUCCAAGUUUGCCUGUUUACCAUCAUCAUGUACUUCAUGACAAAUUUGGACGUGGACGCUGGCAAGUUUUGGAUUUAUUUCCUCUUCGUGUACACCAACACCAUCUGCAUAACUGCUCUCUAUCGUAUGUUCGCAAGUUUGUCACCAACCAUUGAUGAUGCUGUUCGCUUCUCUGGUAUCGCUCUCAACUUGCUUAUCAUCUACACCGGCUAUGUUAUCCCCAAGACACAGUUGCUCAACGACUACAUCUGGUUCGGUUGGAUCUAUUACAUCAACCCCAUCAGUUAUUCUUUCGAGGCCGUGCUGACUAAUGAAUUCUCUGACCGCACAAUGGCUUGCGCCCCGGACAAUCUCGUUCCUCAGGGCCCUGGUAUCGACCCAGCAUUCCAAGGAUGUACCUUGACCGGUGCUGCAGUCAACGCUCAAUCUGUAAAUGGUGCCGACUACCUCCAGACACAAUACACCUACACCCGUGCUCAUCUGUGGCGCAACUUUGGUGUGGUGGUUGCUUACACUGUCCUGUAUCUUCUUGUCACCAUCGCUGCCACCGAACUCUUUAGUUUCGUUGGUGGUGGUGGCGGUGCUUUGGUCUUCAAGAAGUCUAAGAAAGCAAAGAAACAAGUCAAGCAAGCCGGUGCCUCCGACGAGGAAAAGGCUGGAUCCGACGAAAGCUCUAGCGACACCGCCAUUGGUGGAUCAACGACUGGUGAAAAGGAAGAGCAAGAUGCUCUGAACUCUAUCGAGAAGAGCGAGAGUAUUUUUACUUGGAGAGAUGUCGAGUACACCGUGCCUUACCAAGGCGGCGAGCGCAAACUUCUCAACAAGGUCAACGGUUAUGCUAAGCCUGGUCUCAUGAUCGCCCUCAUGGGUGCUUCUGGUGCCGGAAAGACUACACUCCUCAACACUCUCAGUCAGAGACAGAAGAUGGGCGUAGUCCAAGGUGAGAUGUUUGUCGACGGUCGCCCUCUUGGCAAGGAGUUCCAGCGUAACACCGGUUUCUGUGAACAGAUGGACCUUCACGACGGUACCGCAACCAUCAGAGAGGCUCUCGAAUUCUCUGCCAUUCUUCGCCAGGACCGCAAGAUCCCCCGUGCUGAGAAGAUCGCAUACGUCGACACGGUCAUUGAUCUGCUGGAGCUCAAUGACAUGCAGGAUGCUAUUAUCUCCUCUCUCGGUGUCGAACAACGUAAGCGUCUGACCAUCGGUGUAGAGCUUGCAGCCAAGCCCUCGCUGCUGCUCUUCUUGGACGAGCCUACUAGUGGUCUCGAUUCUCAAAGUGCAUACAGCAUCAUUCGCUUCUUGAAGAAACUUACAGCCGCUGGUCAGGCUAUUGUCUGCACCAUCCACCAGCCUUCAUCGGUCCUUAUUCAACAAUUCGACAUGGUUCUCGCCCUUAACCCAGGAGGCAAUACAUUCUACUUCGGGCCCAUCGGCGAGAACGGCAAGGAUGUUAUCGACUACUUUGGUGCUCGCGGCGUCAAGUGCCCUCCAGCCAAGAACGUUGCAGAAUUCUUGCUCGAAACCGCCAUCAAGCCAAAGAAACGAUCCGAUGGAUCGAAGAUUGACUGGAACGAAGAGUGGCGCAACAGCAAGGAAGCCCAGGCGGUGAUUGAUGAGAUCGAUGGACUAAAACGUAUGAGAAGCGAAUCGACUCACGCCAAUCACAAGGAGGACGAAGCAACCGAAUUCGCAGCACCCGUGUGGCUACAGACUACCAUGCUUACUAAGCGUGUCUUCACUCAAUACUGGCGCGACCCUUCGUACCUGUAUGGUAAGCUCUUCGUGGCUGUCAUUGUUGGCAUCUUCAACGGUUUCACUUUCUGGCAACUCGGCAACUCCAUUCAGGAUAUGCAGAACCGCAUGUUCACAGCGUUCUUGAUUCUGACUAUUCCUCCUACCGUCGUCAACGCCGUCGUCCCCAAGUUCUACCAGAACAUGGCGUUGUGGAUGGCUAGAGAGCUCCCUUCACGCAUCUAUGGCUGGUUCGCUUUCUGUACUGCCAUGGUGGUCGCCGAAAUCCCCAUUGCGACGGUCAGCGCUAUUGUCUAUUGGCUUCUAUGGUACUAUCCCUCGGGGCUGCCAACCGACAGCUCUACUGCCGGUUACGUCUUCUUCAUGGUCCUCUUGUUCUUUUGGUUCCAAUCAAGUUGGGGAAUGUGGAUAUGUUCGUUUGCCCCAAGCUUUACUGUCAUUUCGAAUGUGUUGCCGUUCUUCUUCGUUAUGUUCUCGCUGUUCAACGGUGUCGUGCGUCCCUACGCUUCGAUCCCUGUUUUCUGGCGCUACUGGAUGUACUACGUAAAUCCAUCGACCUGGUGGAUCAGCGGUGUUUUGGCCAAAACUCUCGAUGGUAUUCCCGUUGAGUGUACCUCAAGUGAGACCGCCAUGUUCAACGUGCCUGCUGGUCAGACCUGCCAAUCCUACGCUGGCGCCUUCGCAGACUCCGCUGGCGGCUACCUCCUCAACCCUGAGGCCACCGCCAAUUGUGAGUACUGCCCUUACCGCCUCGCCAACGGCUACCUCGCCACUCUCAACAUCCAAGCCGGCGAUGCAUGGAGAGAUCUCGGAAUCUUCUGCGUCUUCGUCGUCUCCAACUGGGCUCUCGUCUACUUCUUCAUCUACACCGUGCGCAUCAAGGGCUGGACCUUUGGCUUCGGACCUUUGUUCGGCGCUUUGGGUAAGAUGGUCGGUGUUCUCAAGAAGCCCUUCCAAAGCAAGAAGAAGGAGUAGAGUGUUCUUCGUAUUCACCAAAAUUGAUAGAGGUUGGGUUGUUUCUUGAUUCUUAGCAUGGAGUUUUGUUUUCAUCUCGCUUUGCACGAUUUCGGAGUUAUAGCGAUCAUACUUAUUCGGAUCAAUAAAUUUCCUUAAUUAUCAACACACAUUAGACAGUUAUGGCGCUGAAUCAAACUGAGAAGAGAGACCUUUGCACAGCG